AUGUCUGAAAGCUCGACCUUGAGGUCGUUUGACGCGUUUCCAAAAGUCAACACCGCGUACAAGCGACAGUCGACGCGAGGCGGACUCGCCACCCUGGUGAUUGGCGUCCUGUGUUUCUACUUUCUCUGCUCCGAGCUGCGAGGAUACUCCAACGGCCACGAGGAGCACAUUUACACAGUGACCAAGGACCUGGCAGAAACCAUCCAGCUCAAUGUGGACGUGACAGUGGCAAUGCCGUGCAAGAGCAUCAAGGUGAUUGCUCAAGACUACUCCGAAGACACGUUUUUCGCACACGAGCUGCUCAAUAUGCAGGGCCUGACAUAUGACUUUGGCACAGACCGAAUGCAACACGAGAUCCACAGCCACAAGGCGUACGAGAUGAACAGUAAGACGCUGAAAAAGAGCAAAUUCAAACACACGCGAGUGGGCUCGCAUUCUACCGACCCCCACUGUCGAAUCUCCGGCUCGGUGCCCAUCAACCACGUCGAAGGAGCGCUCCAGAUCUUCAAUCUGCCCGACAAUCAGUACUUCAUCAACCCCAUGAAGGCCUCCGAUGGUCUCAACUUGACUCAUGCCAUCCAUGAACUGUCGUUCGGAGAUUACUUCCCAAAGGUGCUUAAUCCUCUGGAUGGAGUGAGCACCGUCACCGACGAGCCUCUCAUGUCGUACCAGUAUUUCCUGUCGGCCGUUCCUGUGGAAUACAGCUCCGGCAGAAAGAAGAUCCACACCUACCAGUAUGCCGUCAAAAAACAAACCACCAAUCUGCAGGAGCACUUUGUCACCCGACCGGCCAUCUUCUUCCAUUACAAGUACGAGCCUGUGACUCUCAAGAUCCAGGACUCGCGCGAGACGUUGACCGUGUUUGUCGUCAAACUGCUGUCGAUUCUCGGCGGCUUUGUGGUCUGUGGAUCGUGGAUUGUUCGAGGAGGAGAAAAGGCCUACGAGAAGAUUGUGGGCAAAAAGCUGAACUACGCCUCAUUGCACACUGGAGGAUUGUUGGAUCGAAAGAGCUGA